AUGGAGAUCGUAUUGGACCUGCUUGCUCAAGCCCGCGGCAACACUUAUGUGACCUUCACUGUGGCUGUAUUGUCUCUGGUUGUCUUCUUCUACUUCAACUACAGCACUCAGCCGUUCCGAGGUAUUCCCUAUGUCGGGGGUCCAAAGUGGGACAUUCUGAAUAUCAAGGCACAAUAUCGUUUCGUGACGGACUGUAAGAAUCUCAUCAAAGAGGGUCUUCAGAAGUACAAUGGACCUUUCCAGGUCAUUGGCUACGUGCCCAUCACCGUCUUGCCCCCAAGAUAUGUCCCGCUUGUCAAGGACCACCCGAACCUGGAUUUCGGAAAGUCUGCCGAGAGAAGGCUAUUUGGGCAAUACCCAGGUCUGGACUGGGCGCACAAGAUCAAUGAGGACCGCAUCUUCCAGGAAUCUCUGAGGAUUAAUAUGACUCAAUAUCUCAGCGAGGCCACACCACUUUUAGCAGAAGAAGCACAUGAAAUCCUCAGCGAGUUCUUUCCACAGACGACCGAAUGGACCUCAUACACCUUUGGCAAAGACGCCGCAGAAAUGGGCGUGCGCCUCUCAACCCUCGUUUUCCUCGGCAAGAGAUUCACCAAAAACAAGGAGUGGCUCUACAUCUGCACGCAAUACCCGCAAGGCAUCUUCGGCGCCAUCGGCGGGCUACUCUCCACGCCCAAAUUCCUCCGACCCGUUCUCUACCGCUUCCUGCCCCAGAUCAUCGCCCUCAAGAAGUACGGCGAGGUCGCCAGGACGCUCAUCCUCCCCGAGAUUGAGGAGCGCCGGCGGCUGCGUGAUGCCGGGGCUGAUAUCAAGUUCAAUGACGCACUGGAGUGGUAUUACAAGAACUCGUCCAAGCGCGGUAAGGAGGAGGACUUUGAUGCCGUGAGCGCCAUGAUCUCGCUUGCGUUUGCGUCCACGCAUACGACGGUCGAUUUGCUGUGUAAUGUUCUGUAUGACCUGGCGGCUCAUCCUGAGUGCAUCGGUCCGAUGAGGGAGGAGAUUGAUAAGGUUCUCGCUGAGGACGGGGGCUGGAAGAAGACGACGUUGUAUAAGAUGAGACUGAUGGAUAGUUUCUUGAAGGAGACGCAACGGAUGAACCCCGUUCAGCUGACCGCAAUGAACCGCUACGUCAAACAAACAACCAUCCUCUCAGACGGCACCCGCCUACCCAAGGGCUCGCUUCUCGCCAUCUCGCUCGAGGGGCUCCGCGACGCCUCGCAAUUUGCGGACCCGGAUGUCUUUGACGGCUUCCGCUUCGCGCGCAAGAGGCAGGAGCCAGGCCAGGAGAACCAGUGGCAGUUCACGUCGACGCGCAACGAAUUUCCCUCUUUCGGGCACGGGCAGUGGUCCUGUCCCGGUAGGUUCCUGGUCGCCAACGAGCUCAAGAUCUUUUUGGCGGAGCUGCUGUUGCGGUAUGAUAUCGGGUACCCGGCGGGUGUGACGCGGCCGCCGUGUACGUGGUUUGCUACGGAGAGUCAGGUGAAUAUGGAUACGCCGCUGGUGUUUAGGUUGAGGGAGAAGGUGUGA